AGUUAUGUUAACAAUGGCGUGUACUAUGUAUUAGCGAAGUGUCAAAAUUUGUGCUUUUAGAGUUUCGACUAAUAGUUUGUUGAUAUCUAUUUGUGUAAAUUUAAUUUUAUUAAAGAUCGUUCCUACAAACCGAAAAUGUAUCGGAUUUUUUCGCAAUUAUUUUUGUUGCCAAUUAACGUAUUAACAACAAAAAAAAUGUCGUAAAAACAAUAUCGCGGCUAAUUUGGCUGGGAUCGGGCUGCAUGACAAACGGCCGAGGCGCCGGUAUGGCGUCAUUUAUGACGAAAAAGAAGAAAUAUAAAUUUCAAGUCGAAAUAUGCCUCGAAGAGUUAUUGGAAGUUCCGUUCGUAUCUGCGGUGCUGUUUGCCAAAUUGCGCUUGUUAGAUGGAGGUAAUUUCCAAGAUCACAGCAGUAGACAAGAAGUACAAGAUCACAAAGUUCAUUGGGGCGCUAACUUUACCUUUCCGUGUAAAAUGAUGGCGAACGCUUCGACGGGUAUAAUGGAGCGUUGCAUCCUUAGAAUAUCUAUUCGUAAGGAAUACAAAGGAGGCAGAUCUUUCACAAAACUCGGUUUCGUCGACUUGAACCUCGCGGAAUACGCUGGUGCCGGUCUUAUCCACAAGAAAGCUUUGUUGGAAGGCUACGACGCCAGGCACAGGCAGGACAAUAGCAUGCUGAAGUUCAAGAUCGAAUUGAACAUGAUUUCGGGUGAUAUACUGUUCAAAGCACCUUCGCCAUCUUUAAAACAUAAACAAGUGAAUGUUGAAGAAACUAAUGCGGAACAAAGGCCUGACGAAUUUUCCAGCGGCUCUUUAGCCGGCUCUAUAGCCAGCGGUAGCUCGGGUUUUGGUAGUCUACCAAAAAAAAGACCCGCACUUUUAUCUUCAGAAUUAGUGAUAGGUCAAACUUUGACUGAAAACAAUGCCCCCGUAUCUGUAUCUACGGAUCACGUGAACGAUAAUCAUCCGAUCUCAUCGAUUCUUUCGCAUUCUGAUCAAGAACCCCAAGAAACGGCGGCCUUGUGCGAACACGGCCACUCUCGGAAUUCUUCUAACACUAGUCAACUAUCGAAGGCCUCCGGUUAUAGCAGUAUUCAGUCACAUUCGCAUAGUAGGCAAAGCAGUAGCGGGGAUUCGGGGCAUAUCAGGAACCUACAAAGCAGAUCGGUCCGCGCGUUUCGUUGCUCCUCAGCCGAUACGAAUUUAAAAUCGAAUCGCAAAAUGAACAUCCCCAAUACGAUUCUAUCAAUAAAUAACGAAAACAACCGCCCGCAACCCCUAAUUACCUCCACCCCUAAUAACAAAAAUCAACCCGAAAGCGACGCGAGCUCCCUAUACGGAACCCCCCCCGCCGCCUAUCAAAGUCAGUGCAGUAACGACGAAUACAAAACGCCGGAAGUUAGUUUCGAUAAUAAGAGCGAAGUUUUCUCAUCGAAUUUCAACGAAUUGCAAAAAUCUUCGUCCACUUCGGUAGUCGAAAGGAUUAAAAACGAAAUGUUGACUUCGGACGAAUUGGAAUACAGGAAAUCGGAUAAUACGGCCGAUAGGCGGCGUAACGAUCGAACCGGUGCGAACCUGCGUUCGAAAAGCGAUUUCGAAAUACCGAAAAUGCCGGUCAGGUUGCCGGAAAAGAAUUUCAGUAGUAAAUUUUUCAAUUCGGAUAGUUUGUUUUCGUUUUUGACGCCGCGACCUAAAAGGAAAAGCGUCUGCGAAAACGACGGUGCUUUCAAAGUACCGGUCGUUAAAUAUUUACCGGAAGUACGUAGUACCACUUCGAUGGGUUCGCUUCGGUCUGGUAAUUCGAACAACGACGAACGCCUUUGCGUACGAAACGUUGAAAGGAACCCGAGCGCCGGUAGUCUGGUCAUUUCGGAAACGGGAUCGUUAGACAGAGCGAAAGCGGCCUACGAAAGGCGAAAGAAGAACCAAUGUCAAGAUACAGACGCCGUCGGUAUACCGGGACGCGUCGAAAAGACCAGAGUCAACGUCGAAGAUCUAGUUGAAGAUUUAUUGAAGAAUACGAAUUUGGAACAACCCGACGAUUCGGCGGAAACGUCCGGUCUUCAAUUGUUCAUAGCCAAAGACGGUACGGCGGCUCUGGGGAACCACGAGGUGAAGUCGCAAAUGUCCGCCGGCGUACAAGUAUUCAAGCAAGUCGUAAUGGACAAUAGGUAGCCUGAAUGGCCUUAACCGCGUCGCGCGCUAUCGCUAAUUAUCAUUAUUAUAAAUAAUGUUGUUGGUUUCGACGCCCGGCGUCGAUCGUGUGUAAUCAAUACGUGUUGAUAUUAUUGUUGAUAUAUAUAUAUAUGAAGAUACAAAACUAGAGAACGUACUGUAUAGCAUAUAUCUAUACGAUUUUUUUUUUUUUAAUUUUUAGCUCCGAAAACGUCAUUUUGACAUUUUUUUUUAUUGAUAUAUAUGUAUUUUUAUUUGUAUAGAAAAAACCAUCACGAAUUAUUACGAAUGUUCAAUUUGUUUUUUUUUUUUUUUUUUUUUUUUUAAUGAAAAUGUAUCGGUCAAAAUCUCAAAUUACUAAAUUGACAGAAAAACUCACCGUGGUGAUUGACAGAAAAACUAUCGAUUCGCAAUUAAUCGACAUCGAUCGUUUGCCGAAUCGAUAAAUUGACAAUAAAUACGAUAUCGACUGAAAAGUACAAAAUUGACGGAAAAUCUAAUCAUAAUUGACAAAAAAAUUGCGGAGACGCAGUGUAAUCAGAAAGGAAGGUAUUGUCAAUACAUUGAUUUGACAAAAAAUGCCUAUGGGAUAUCGAAAAAUACGAAACUGAUGAUAUAUUGACAUCAUAUUUCAUCAUAAUUGACAAAAUAGUUGCGGAGACGCGGGCUAUUGACGAGAAAUGCAUUGUCAAUUCAUCGAAUUGACAAAAAAUGCCUAUGGGAUAAUAAAAACUACGGAACUGAUGAAAAUUGACAAAGCAUUUUAUCGCAAUUGACAAAAAAUUGCGGAGACGCAGUGAAUUAGGGAGAAUUGCAUUGUCAAUUCAUCUAAUUGACAGAAAACGUCUAUGAAAUAUCAAAAAAUACGAAACUGAUGAUAAAUUGACAUCAUAUUUCAUCAUAAUUGACAAAAUAGUUGCGGAGACGCGGGCUAUUGACGAGAAAUGCAUUGUCAAUUCAUCGAAUUGACAAAAAAUGCCUAUGGGAUAAUAAAAACUACGGAACUGAUGAAAAUUGACAAAACAUUUUAUCGCAAUUGAUAAAAAAUUGCGGAGACGCAGUGAAUUAGGGAGAAUUGCAUUGUCAAUUCAUCUAAUUGACAGAAAACGUCUAUGAAAUAUCAAAAAAUACGAAACUGAUGAUAAAUUGACAUCAUAUUUCAUCAUAAUUGACAAAAUAGUUGCGGAGACGCGGGCUAUUGACGAGAAAUUUAUUGUCAAUUCAUCUAAUUGACAGAAAAUGUCUAUGAGACAUCAAAAAAUACGGACCUGAUCAAAAAUUGAGAUGAAAUUUUAUCAUAAUUGACAGAAAAUGUGUAUGGGUUAUAAAAAAAAAUACGAAACCGAUGAAAAAUUGACAAAAAAAAUUAUUGAGAUGCAUUUAAUUGACAUUAAUUUAAUCAUUUGUCAAAUUAAUAAAGUUGAAGAAAAUACCCGCAGGACAUCUCAAAAUACUGUAAUGACAAGAAAUUUAAAAUAUUAACAGGAAAACUAAAGAGACGCGGGUUAUUGAAAAAAAUUGACAGAAAAACUGAAUAGACGCAGGUUAUUAACAAAAAUUGACAGAAAUACUGGAGAGACGCAGGUUAUUAACAAAAAUUGACAGAAAUACUGGAGAGACGCAGUUUAUUGACAAAAAUUGCAUUGGCGAUUCAUUGAAAAUUGACAUCAAACGCCUACGAGAUAUCAAAAAAUACGGUACUUAUAAAAAAUUGACAAAACUGACAGAAAAAAAUUUAUCAUAAUGACAAAAAAGUACAGAAACGUCGGUCGAUCAAAUAUAGAUAACUUUGACAGAAAAUCUCAUCAUAAUUCAAAAAAAACUAUUUACAAAUAAUUAAUUGACAUUAAGUGUUUGUCAACUUGAUAAAUUGACAGAAAAUGCCCACAUAACAUCCCAAAAUACUAUAAUAACAAGAAAUUUAAUUUACUGACAGAAAGUGCCUUCAUAAUUGACAAAAAAAAAAUUGUAAAACGCAGUUUAUUCAUAAGAAUUACAGAGUCAUAUUGAAGAAUUUAUAAAAAUGCGAUAUUGAUGAAAAAAUAGACAAAAUUGACAAUAAAUCACAAUGAUAUACGUAACAAUAAUUAACAAAAUAAUAGAAAAACCGUUAAUUCGAUUAAUUAUUACGAAUACAACGAUCAAAUUUGAACAUAUAGAGAUGGGAUCUUAUUUACGUUUGUAUAAGUUUUAAAAUAACUGCUUCUUUUAAAUUAAAUUUUAACCAAACUCUAAUGGAAAUUCAACAGUAGCCUGUGUAAACGUAGGAUAAACGUCAUUUUGAUUAAGAUAGAGGUGGGAUUCUAUUUACAUUUUGAAAGUUCCAAAAUAACUGCUUUUUCUGAUUGAAGUUUAACCGAAUUCUUAUAGAAAUUCAACAAUAGCCUGUGUAAACGUAGAAUAAACGUCGUUUUUUAUAUUUAAAGAUGGGAUUCUAUUUACAUUUCUAUAGGUUUCAAAAUAACCUCUUUUUUAAUUUAAAUUUCACCAAACCCUAAUAGAUUCAACAAUAGCCUGUGUAAACGUUGGUUGAACGUCAUUUUGAAUAUUUAGAGAUGGGAUUCUAUUCACAUUUUGAAGGCUCCAAGAUAACUGCUUUUUUUGAUAGAAUUUUAACCGAAUUCUUAUAGAAAUUCAACAAUAGCCUGUGUAAACGUAGAAUAAACGUCGUUUUUUAUAUUUAAAGAUGGGAUUCUAUUUACAUUUCUAUAGGUUUCAAAAUAACCUCUUUUUUAAUUAAAGUUUGACCAAAUCCUAACAGAUUCAACAAUAGCCUGUGUAAACGUUGGAUAAACGUCAUUUUGAAUAUUUAGAGAUGGGAUUUUAUUCACAUUUUGAAAGCUCCAAGAUAACUGCUUUUUUGAUUGAAUUUUAACCGAAUUCUUAUAGAAAUUCAACAAUAGCCUGUGUAAACGUAGAAUAAACGUCGUUUUUUAUAUUUAAAGAUGGGAUUCUAUUUACAUUUCUAUAGGUUUCAAAAUAACCUCUUUUUUUUAAUUGAAUUCUUAUAGAGAUUCAACAAUUGCUUGUGUAAACGUAGGAGAAAUGUCAUUUUAAAUAUUUAGAGAUGGGAUUUCAGAAUCAGGUAGAAUGAAAAGUAACGAAAUUUGAAAUUUACUUCUACUACAAAGAGAGUGUAACCUCUCCAAACGUACCCCCGUACAUUUUCAUCGAAAUAUUCGUAUACAUUUUUGAAAAUGUCACAGUGACGUUCCGAGAUUAGCGCGAAAGUAUUAUUUAUUGAGAUUGUACAUUCUGUAGGAAUUUAAAAUCGUAAAAAUUUAUAAAAGUAUUAAUUUUUUUUUAUACGAGGUACGAUCAAAAGAAAACCGUGAAUUAUAGUAUUCAAAAUAAAGUAGAAAAGUACUGUAAAGUAAUAGGGUCGAAAAGUUCCUUUUCGCAUAAUUUUUUUUCACCGAAAGUAACGUGAUGCUAAAUCUGGUGAUUUAGGUGGAUGUACAGGACUUUUGGUCGUCUAAAAUGCCCGAUUUGUUACAUUGUGUGUUGACAUGGUGAAAAUGGUAGUUUUUUCUAACGUCUCAAAACACUUGUUUAAACUGACUUUUUUGAAAUUUUUUUGCGUAUCACCGUAUAUUUUCGAUUCAUUUUCAUUUUUAAAAUGACUCAUAUCACUUUUGAUUGUAGUUAUUUUGAUCGUUUUGUAAAGGUAGUGUGAUAGCCGUUUUAUAACCACCUGUGUAAACGUAGAUUAGUCGAAUUUCUACAGAAAUAUCAAUAAAAUUAUAAAUAAUCAAAAUAAUUAUUUUGAUAUAUUUUUGGAACCAAAUGAUCAAUUUUGGAUACUUUGGAUACUAUUUUGACAAUUUUUCCAAGUUCCUCUAAUGUCAACAGACUGUGUAAACGUUGUAACAAUCGAAUUAAUCGAUUAUCUUCAUUUUGAUUGAUUAUAGAAACUAAAUUAUUAAUUUUUGAAUCUUCAUCAACAUUAACUGACACACUUUCACUUUUAAAUCGCUCAACCUACUUGGAAUCGCAAAAUAAAUCGGUUUUUGUCAAAAAUUUCAAUUUUUUGUUGAAGAAAUUCUUAUAGCCGUUUCAUAAUAGACUGUGUAAACGUAGAAAUCGUCCCAAGAUUGAUACUUGAUAAUAGUGUGUGUAAACGUAGUAACUGUUAUUUGAAUGAGUCAUUGAUACUCAAAUUAUCGAUUUUCGAUAUAUAGAGAUGAGAUUCUAUCGAAAAUAACAACUUAUCGAACCAAACUUUGAUUUUCUGAUUUCCACUCCCAAACCUCUAAUCAAUCUUCAAAGUCACUGUAUCAUCACUGUAUAACAGAUUUUCACAUUUCGAUGGUUUUUCUGGAAAGGAAUCGCGAGAUAAAUUAAUUCUCGUUGUUUUUUUUUGAUUACCCCUCGUAUAAUUAUUGUUAAAAAAUAUCUAGUAUUGCAAACGGAUUUUAAUUGAUAUUAGUAACCAAAAAAAAAGGAAUUUACAUUUUUUUUUCAAGUUGUUUAAUUUUUUGUUAUAAUGUAGUGAAGGGUUCAAAUAUUAUUAUCAAUUCCGUUAUUUACAUGAAAUUGUAAUUUAAAACGACGCUGUGUAUAUAAUGAACAAUAUACGUUUCAAAAAAUAA